AGAAUAAGGAAUUAAUCCUUACCAUAGGAUCUGAAUAAAUUAAUGGUCCAGAUUAGCACUAAUUACUAAUUAAUCUACAUUAUUUUUUUUACUGAAUACCUUUAAAAAUUAUAUAUAAAAUCGUUGGGGGUAUGUUAGACAUUUUGUCUAUUCAGAAAACUGUCAUUCCUAAAUUAACUCCAGUAAAUUAGGACAUUUACUUUCACCCCCACUUUCAUCCACCAAACCAUCUUCCCCCCACUUUCGUCUGCCAAACCCUAGAGGCGACGGCGAUUCUAGUAAACCAGACGGCGCUCCAUCUAUAGCAGACGACGCUUCUGUUUUCGCCGGCGAAAAUCGAGGACAAUGACUAAAAAGGGAAAGAAGAUAGCAGAUGUUGGCGAGCCAUCUUCAAGUAAAAGCAGAGUUAAACACAAGAAGACUAAAAGGGUAAAAGCAACUGAAGAAGGUGAAACCUCAAGCAAAACUGAUACAAGGCUUAAGACAAAGACGAGACCUUUAAAAACAGCAAAAAGGAUAAUAACUACAGAGGAGCAGGCAGAGAGAAUUAGGGUGCAAAGACGGAGGAAUUUUAACAAGAACAAAGAUGUUACCUGUAAACGUCGAGGUGAUGUAAAAAGCGAGCUGGAAGGAGCACCUACAAAGUUUCCAUCGCUAAAUACUCGAACAACACCAUCAUCCUUGUUUGAUGAGCUGCCAAAAUUGAAUGAUGCCCAGAGACAAGCCAUUCAGGAUAUUGGAUUUGGAAGUGUAUUGAGUUUGCAGGUGAAAAAGUUGCCUUGCAGACUUGCCUAUUGGAUUUUGGAACAUUUUGAUGAGAACAGAUGUGAGCUGGAGCUUGAAGGAGGAAUCAGGGUUAAAAUCACCGAAGAUGACGUUUAUAGGGUUUAUGGAUUCCCAAAGGGGAGUGAGAUAAUACCGGAUUUUAAUCGUUGUUCAAAUACUGCAUUAUGUGAAGAAUGGGUGGCGUUUUUCGGGCUUGCUAAUCGUGAGAAGAUAAAGAUUGGCCACGUCUUGAGUGAAAUGCUGGACUGUACGACAGGUGGAACAUGGUUCAAGCGCCAUUUUAUGAUAGCAAUGACGCAUUCACUGAUACAAAGUUGUACAAGUGGAACGGUUUAUCCUCACAUCCUGAGGUGUUUGGAGAAUGUGAGAACGCUAAAGAAAUGGAAUUGGGGGGAAUAUGUUCUCAGGAGUCUCGUUGAUCAUAAGCUGUCAUGGGUCGGUGAUGAAGAUAAGGUCUUUUCUGGGCCAACGCUAUUCCUCGUGCUAUUUUACGUUGAUAGAUGUGAGCUGCAUCGAAAGAGAGUGGAAAGAGAGUUCCCUAUUAUAAAGAAUUGGACUAGCGCAGCGUUGAGGAAGCGUCAGGCAACUGAGGAGAAUAUCAGAAAGUUUGGGACUGGUUCAUGGCGUGAACCCAUUGUCCUCCCAGCCGAGUAUGUAGAUAAUGAACAACCCGAUGGAGAUUCCAACGACAAAGAUGAUCGUCUGGGAUCGAGAAUCAUGAAGAUGGCGGUGUCCAUAAGUGCACAACUGGAAGACUUGAGAGACUUGAUAUACAGUGCAUCUGUCGUGGACAAGGAGUCAAGUUACUUUCUUCAAUGCGUGGAUGCGGCAAUUAAGAUUACAGGUGUGAAGGUGGAUAUGGAUGGCCCACGACCAUGGCGUCGCCCUGAGGGUAUGGAGAUUGAUGACGAUCCCUUAUCUUAUUCAGAUGAGCUGCGUGCGUCGGUUGAUGCAGCAUGUGCUAAUGUGCAAAAUGAAAAGGUGAGGGAGAGGGUAUCGACAGAAGGAAUACCUAGUUUCGACCUCGAUAUGGGAACUCAGGACGAGGUUCCUAUUGAGAAAGAUCCCGUCGAACAUGUUCCCAACAAGGAGGGUGCUACUAUGGUCGAGGAUAUCUUUGCCAAGGAAUCUGCAGUGUUUGAAGCUACAAUCUAUAAGGAGCAAUCGAAAGAAUAUGGCAUGGUCGAUGAUAGUGUAGCACACGAAGCAGGGAAUGGUGAACUGAUUGAAGAAAGAGCCCAGCAGGAACCAUUAAAAGAAUCUGCCAUGGUCGAGGAUAGUGCAGCACAUGAGACGGGGACUGUUGUACUGGGAAAGUCUGUUGACGGUAUAGAGCAACCGUCCAAAGAAGCAACUGAAGAAGGAUUUAUGGGAAAGGGAGCCAUGGAUGCAGUUCAGAGUAAAGGUGGCUGUGUUGUCAAAAAAGUGGUUGCUAGAAAGGCAGACAUUGGAAAGGUGAAUGAGGUUGCCAAGACUCCACCCCGUAGGUCAACAAGGGUUGGAGGUGCAGCCCGUGGAAAAGGUUCAGACAACAUUGAUAAACAGCUGGAGGUUAAUGGAACUGAGAUAUUAGAUGGCAAGGCAGCACGUUUGCCUCUGGGAAGAAUUGACGAAAACAUCCCAAUGCAAGCUAGGAACAUUGGUAAAACACCAAUGAAGAGUUUGUUAAGAAAAACAGCAAAAUUCAGAUCACCCUUCCUACAAAGGGAAAUCUCAACAUCAAAGCAACUGACCAUAAAGGAGAAAGAGCUUGCUUUCUACACAUUGUAUGCAGUUGAAGAAGAUAGGCAUGAGCUUAUGUUUUCGGCCAUCGAUGUUGACUUAAGGCGUUAUGAUAUGAUAACCCUAAAAAGAGGCAUAGUAGUUGGAACGGCUGUCAUAGAUGCAUGGGCAGUAAUCUUGAAUGGCCAAGAGCAAUAUCGCUCUGAAACAUCGCCUACACGAUUCUUUGCAACAACAAGCAUAUAUGUGGAUUGUCUGAAGCCAACUGAUUGGUCCUACGCCGACCAGAAGACUUCAUUUUUUCUAACACUAUAUGCUGAGAUACAGGCACAUCAUGGAGAUUUGCUUUCUGUUGUAGACAUGUUUUUCUUCCCGGUGUACGAAAAAGAAAAGUACUAUGCUUUGUGUUUCGAUACACGUCGUCAGCGACUGUAUAUACUAGACAACACUAAUGAAGUAACUGGAGAUGCAAAUGACACCAAAUAUAGGGGUGUAUGCCGCGAUCUGCGUAAACUAUUGGCCGACUUCCUAUACUACCACAACGAUGAGAGAAAGGCGAAGGCAGUGGCUAACUCAGUUGAGCAUGUCGUCAAAAUGUCGUGGGCUGAUAGUAAGAACGAAGUCGACACAGGAGUAUACCUAAUGAGGCAUUUAGAGACAUUUAUGGGUGAUGUUACAAAGGGGUGGACAUGCAACUUAUCCAAUAAACGCCCACAACAGUUGACAAGGUUGCGCAUAAGGUAUUGUGCAUCGAUAGUUGCGUGGGAGGGAAACAGCGAGAAGAAAGAGAUUGGAGACAAAGCAUCGUAUACCUUUACAGAGAUGUGCAAGAAUCCAGGAUUCAAUGUGAACUCGAUCCUACUUGGGUGAAACUUCAUCAACUGAACACUAUUCCACGUUAUAAAUUUCAGACGUUUUUUUGGGGAAAUAAAUUAUAUUGCAGACUCCAAAUUGAUUUGAAUAAAUGUG